GAAGCGCUGCCAUAGGUCUGGCUGCAGCGAGGCCCCAGAAACGAAACCAGGGGCUGCUGCCUUUAAAUGGCAGUCCGGCUCGUUCCUCCCGGCCCAUCUCCUCCCCGGUUGCCGAAGCAGGAGCGCCGCCGCCGCCGCCGCGCAUCUUCCCGGGAAGAGCCAAGCAGCAGCAGGGGGUCUCCUCCAAGUUUGCACGGAUUAUUCCACUCGAGCCGCCACCAGUCCUCUUGCUGGAUGUCAGUGGGUGACUGGCUGACCAGCUCUGCUUCCAAGGGACUCUUCAUUCUGUAUUGACUGGGUUGCUUGGACCUUUGGGGAAGAUGCGCCGGGUGAACGGGGUGGUCCCUACGCCGCUGGAUGGCCUCCGGGCGCAGCUGGAGCUGCGUCUGGUUUGCUCGAAAUGCAGCCUGCAGGAAAACGAGAGCACCUACCAGCUGAAGGAGGUAGAGCACCAUUGCAUGAUGGAAAUCCUGCUAGCCAGGUGCAAGGGGAAGCAAGGGAAGCGGUGGCGGAAGGUUGGCCGUAGGCCAGGCUUCCCGAAGCCAGCCUCUUAUGACAUCUGCAGGUUCUACGUUGCUGGCGCAGGGUGCAAAAAGCACAGGAACCAUUGCACCUUUGCUUGGAGCCGGGAGGAGGUGAUUGUGUGGACCUUUGAGAAGAACCACGGCAUGGAAAGACACAUCCUGAAGAUGCUGCUGCAGCAGGCUCAGGCUGGCAGUCAGGUGAAUGGCCUUUCCAAGCUUCCAAAGCCCAGCAUCGCAGAGGAAAUCCGCAGCGAGUUUGGGGGCCAUUUCCAGGAGAUCUGCGCAUUCUGUUUUCAUCAAAGCCCCCAACGGAUCUCCCUGAAGGACGCCACUCAGACCUGUGCAGGGCACUGGAAUCCACUUUUGGUGCACGUGGUCACCAGUGGCAAGAUGAAGGAGCAAUACACAGAAAUCCGGCCCUGCCCGGGGGGCACAACAAAACUGAGUUACUGCAAGUAUGUUUCUGCUGGCGCACAGUGCAGGCACGGGGCAUAUCGCUGCCAGUAUGCUCACAGUGAUGUGGAAAUGGCGGUCUGGGAGGCGGAGCAGAACUGCAACUUAGUACGUGCAGACCUUCUGUCCCCAUUGGCCGCCUGCAAGCCAGGAGACCAGCCCUCUCUGCCAGAGGUCCAGUUCUACUGCAAAGUGUGUCUGGUGACCUGCAACUCCCAAGAGAACUUCGAGAACCACUGUUCUUCUGUGGAACACACUCAAAUGAUUGCCACCGACACCAUGACCCAGUGGGCUCACCGUGCCCCUCCGUAUGGCUUGAGAUCCUUCAUUCUGUGCGGCCGAGCUGAUGUCUGUGAAUAUGGGCAGGAUUGCACCAAGGCACAUUCCUUGGAGGAGCUGGAGGAAUGGAUCCAGAGGACAAAAGCUGCGGAGAAAAACAAGAAAUCUGCCAAGGAAGGUGGCCUCCUGGCCUACCAGGAUCGGCUCAUUGCGGAAUACCAAGCAAGCCACAACGAGGUCUUAAUCAUUUCCGAGCAGGUGGAUGGAGUGACGGUCACCUGCCAGCAGCCUCUGCGGGUGCAGUCUGAAGACAAGAAGAUGCAAUACCGAUGGGUUUUCAGCAUCCAUUCCCAGAAGCCGCUGAUACAUGUAGCACUGCUGAAGAGAAUCCCUGGAGCAGCAUUUUUCCUAGCAGGGGAUGGUCUUUCCCGGGGCCUCACCUAUGCCUCGGGAGAGCGAUUCAAGAGUCUGCAGACUUCUCCGCUCGCUUACACAGUGGUGGUGUGCAUGGAGUCUUGCACUUUUGGCACCUAUGAACAGUGGCUGGUGAUGGAUUUUGGCAGUCGCCCAGUGCUGGUCCAAAAGCUUCAAGCCAAGACUGGGAAAAAGGAGGGUCCCUGGCGCAUGGAUCCAUCUGCAGAGCAGAACAGCCACUUUGUGGACUUUGAGCGCUGGCACAGCGGCAAUCGCAUGGUGGUGCCCGGCGUGGAACGCACCAGCAAGGACGUUGAGCUGCUGGCCAAAUACAAGGCCCCAUCACUCUCUCUGGAUUUCCGGCGGGGAGCUGAGGGCAAGCCAGUCGCUCGCUUGAACUACCGUGAGCAAAUGCACAACUUCCUGUUCAGAGAGGAAGAGGCGCAGCAAGCUGAGAUUGGCAAGCUCAGCUUGCAAGUGAUUGCCUCCCUUCAGCCUAUGGUGGAGACCCUUUCCAUGGGAAUGAAGUUUGCUGCUCCAGGAGAGCUGUAUGCUCACAUCCCCACCCCUUACUCUUUGACCCCAGACUCCAGGGAAGGGUAUCUCCUGCAGCGCUCUGUCAAGACUGCCUUCCUGGCCCUGGACCCUCCCACCAACAACCGCGUCUACGAGGUCUCUGUUGAGAGCAAGGCCACGACCGCGAGGAGCAUCUGGCUUCUCCUGUCCAAGCGCUGCUGCCAUGAACUGGGUCUCUCAGUUAACACAUCCCUCAAGGUGGAAGUCCAGUUCCAGAUCGACCAGCUUCAGUUCCGGCAGUGGCAUCACGCUGUGGACAGCCUGUUGGAUGAGCGGCUGGUCCUGCCGGAUGUGGCGGCCUGCUCCGUCCCACGACCCCUUGGGCAGGUGCUGCUGGGAGGCAACCGGAAGCAGAACCAAGCCAUCUCCUUCAUCACUGGGCAGGCGGCCGGCAUCCGCCAAGUGCCCCCUCUCCUGAUCUAUGGGCCUUUUGGAACGGGGAAGACCUUCACCUUGGCCAUGGCCACCCUGGAGAUCAUCAAGCAGCCUCAGACACGGGUGUUGAUCUGCACUCACACCAACAGUGCAGCUGAUAUCUACAUCCGCGAGUAUUUCCAUGAUUAUGUCACAUCUGGACAUCCAGAGGCCGCCCCGCUAAGGAUUAAAUUCACUGGCCGUUCGGUCAAAGUGACUGACUGCAUCACCCAGCUCUACUGCUGCCUCUCUCCGAACCAAGAUGCCUUCCGCCUCCCCACGAAGGAAGAGUUGGACCUCCACCGCAUCAUCAUCACCACCUCCAUGGUCUCCCAGGAUCUUGGGGUACCCCGUGGCUAUUUCAGCCAUAUCUUGAUUGACGAGGCUGCCCAGAUGCUGGAGUGUGAGGCGCUGGUCCCACUCUCCCUUGCUACUCUGGAGACCCGCAUCAUCUUAGCAGGGGACCACAUGCAGGUGACCCCAAAGCUCUUCUGCCUGCAGGCGGGUGAGCAGUCGGCCGACCACACGCUCCUGAAUCGCCUCUUCCAGUACUACCAGAAGGAGAAGCAUGAGGUGGCCCUGAAGAGCCGGACCAUCUUCACUGAGAACUACCGUUCCACCGCCAACAUCAUUGACUUUGUUUCCAGGCACUUCUAUACUGGCAAAGGAGAUGCCAUCCGUGCCAUGGGCAACAUCCCCCCUCACCCCGAGCUCCACCCGCUCAUGUUCUGUCAUGUGGCUGGCUCGGCUGAGCAGGAUAUGUCUAUGACUUCCUGGUACAACACCGCUGAGAUCAUGCAGGUCACCGAGAAGGUGCAAGAGAUGUGCCAACGGUGGCCCGAGGAAUGGGGCAUCUGUGACCUCAAGAAGAUCUGCGUGGUCUCCUAUGGGAUGCAGGUGAUAGUAUUGAGGCAGGAGCUAAGGAAGAACCGCCUGGGAGAAGUGAUGGUGGAGAACUAUGAGAAUCUACCAGGCAGGGAAUUCCAGAUUAUCAUCAUCAGCACUGUCCGCACCAGGGAGAGCCUCAGCCACAUCAGCUCCUCCAACUUGGAUGUCUUCAAUGACUCACGGGUCCUGAACACCAUCAUGACGAGAGCCCAGUCACAGGUCAUUGCCGUGGGGGAUGCAGUGGCUCUGUGCUCCUAUGGCCAGUGCAGCAAGGUCUGGAAAGGCUUGAUCAAGGAGUGCAUUGAGAAGAGGACGGUGACUCCUGAAACCCUAACCCUGGAAGAGAUCAGGCAGGCGGUGAGCGACAGGGCCAGCUGGAGCAGAGCAAGCCCUGAGCUUGAGGAAGAAGGGAGCGACACAGAUUCCUGGUUCUCUGACGCAGAGAGCUUGAAUGCUGAUGACCCAAUAUUGCAGGAACUUUUGGAUGAGAGUAAAAAUGUGGUGAUUACAGUCUCUGAUGAAGGACUGUUGAAUGUGAAGUCGUCAUCUUCUCAAAGCAGCAGGCAAGAGUAUGUCAGCUACUCCCCACAAAAAAUGAAUGAGUACCUGCGCAUGCGCCCAAACAUGUACAAGCGUUGCGAGUUCAUCAAGGAGGGCUUUGAUCGAGCUUCUGCCUUCUCUCUGGAUGAUGACCCUCCAUUGAGCAUCCAGAUCAAAGGUAGGGUCCACUGUGGAAUGGCCUUCACGGGGGACCAGGUUUUGGUGGAGAUCCAGCAGAAGGCUACAUCCGAGGGCACUCUCCAUGGGAAAGUGGUGGGUGUGUUGAAGAAGGCUAAGAGGGACCAUACUUUCAUCUGCACAGUAGAUGAGUUUGAUCUUCGGGUCAUGAUCCCCAUUGACCACACGGUCACAAAAAUCUUUGUCCCGGGGCUGAAAGAUAAACCAGACUUCAUUCCCAUCCGCCAGAUGGACAAAGGAGGAAGCAUCAGGUUGAAAAUGUGCAAGAGGAUAACUCAGGAAGGCAAGAAGAAAUACCUCUUUGCUGUCCAAAUCGUCCAUUGGCGGGAGGGCUAUUACUACCCUCUGGGGAUUGUUACUGAGGUCCUGCCCGUGGCUUCAACAGUAGAGGAAGGAUUGCGUAUCCUUGAUGUAGAGUACUGCCUCACCAGACAAUACCCGGCCUCUGUGAAUGAUCAAGUAGCCAAACUGACCUCCAGCAAAUUGUCUCCUGUGAAGGGGAGUCGGAAGGACUGCCGGGCCUAUCUGACCUUCACAAUUGACCCUGCAGGUGCUAGAGAUUUGGAUGAUGCCAUCAGUGUCCAAGACUUGGGUGAUGAAUAUGAGAUUGGGGUCCACAUUGCCGACAUAGCAUCUGUGAUCCCCAAAGACUGCGCUCUGGAUAAGGAAGCCAAGAUCCGGGGGCUCAGUUAUUAUGCUCCUGGGAAGGAGCCGGUGUGCAUGUUACCACCUCAACUCAGUCAAGACCUCUGCAGUCUCCUUCCACAGAAAGAUCGGUAUGUGGUCUCGCUCUUUAUCUUGAUAAAUAAGAAGACUGACCGGGUGGUGAAAGCUUCCUUUACUGUGUCCACAAUCUGCUCCAACCGGCAGAUGACCUAUGAGGAGGCAGAGGGCAUCAUUAGGACCUACUAUAGGGCAGAAGCACCAUCGCUUUGCUUUGACACCCUAGAAGAUUGUGUUGCAGUUGCAUACCAUUUCUCUCGAGUCCACCGAAUGUCCAGGCUCCAUGAAGAUUAUUAUUAUGACCAAUUGGAUGAGGAUAGCCCAUUGGGUCAGAGAUGUUCCCACCAGAUGAUCCAGGAGUUCAUGAUCAUGUUCAACAGUUUUGUGGGGGAGUUCCUCAUCCACAAAGAUUCCACCAGAAAUCUAACCCCUCUGCGUUGCCAGAUAGAGCCCAACCCACAGCAGAUGACUCAGAUGAGGGACAAAUACAGAGAGGUAAUCCCUUUAUCUACCCACCUCUCUCACCAUCUGGGAGCUCCAACCACUGGAACCCACAUGGCGACUCACAGUAAGUUUGUUCUUCUGAGUUCAUUGUGGGACCAUCUCAAGUCAGCUGCGGACAACCAGGACUUUCCCAAGAUGCUUGACCUAAUUACAACAGAUGACAUCCAUCCCAUGCUGGCCCCUGUGAAUUUGGAAUUCCGCAAGCUUCUGGCCCGCUCUUACUUCCUUCGCUCCAACUCAUCUAUUCAGUCCAAAGUGGGCCAUUAUUCCUUGCAUGUAGAUUCAUACACCUGGGCUUCCUCUCCCAUCCGGCGCUACAUGGAUGUUGUCGUCCAGCGACAUAUUCUCACAGUCCUCUUGAAGAAGCCGGUGCCAUACUCCUCAGCGGAUAUUGAUUUCCUUUGCCAUGAUUUCAACCGGAAGAACGGAAUGGCAAAUGCCUAUGAGAAGAAGGCCCACUCUUUGGAGAUGGCAGCUAAGUUGAAGUUCCAAGUCCAGCAGAAGGUUGCCUUUGUGAUGAAUGUGGAAAGGAUGGCUAAGUGUUUCAAAGCCUUGUUUCCUCUGAACAAGGAGACCCUCCCAGAUCUUCAUCUCAUCAACUACAGGACCCUCCAACUGGUAGCACAGCCAAUUUUUAUUGAAGAGCGUAAUAGUAUGAAGCUGUCCUGGAAGAGGAGAAUCUACUCUAUGGAAACCUUAAAGGCAUGCACCCCGAGGUCGUCAGUGCUUCGCGACAAGAGCGUCACCCUCUUCAGCGUACAAGCCUGGUGUGAUGGCCUUGCUGCCAUCAAGAACAAAGAUUUUGAGAACCUGAUCUCUCUUCUUGAGAAGGGCCAUAGCAUGCAGCCGAGAAACGUGGGGAGAAUGGAGAGGAGCAAGUGCUCACACUAUGUGGAGCUGUCCCUGGAGCUCAGUGUUGGAGACGUCUUGCGCCUCCAGCUCACCACAGAUGUCCAGCGGGGCUUCCUGACGCCGUUUGUGGAACUGUGGAAUGUGGCCCCAGGCUUCGAUGUGUGUUUGCAGCACACCGAGAAGCCCAUCGACUGCUUCUCCAAAUAUACCACCCAAGCGUCCAAGGAGGCUUAUGAAGAUGCCUUGGAUUAUCGCAAAGUGUGGUUGCCGCUGUCUGAUAUGGAAGCGGCUUCGUGUGCCGUAUCCGAAAAUGACCCCAUCGUCCUGUAUGACGUCAAGAUCGUCUGGGAGAAGCGAAGGACCAAGAGAGGGCAGCUCCAGGGGACGUUCUCCUUCACCAAACAGUUCCUCAAGGAGUGUGCCAUUGAGGUGGAUUUCAGCUACUGCUACCUGUGCAUCCGACUCUCAGGCCUGAAAGCUGAUGGAAGGCAAGACGACGCUGAGGCCCUCAGCCACCGUCUCCAAAAUCUGAGUUUGGCCAAGAACAAUUCGGAGGCCAGCAAGUUCACUGCUGAUCCAGCUACGUACACUUGGGUGGCCCAUGGGUGCACUGAGGAGUUUGAUGACAACGAGAAAUCCGAUCAACGUGGCAAAGUGAUGGUUCGUUUCUACGUCAACUUCAUGUCCAUGGAAAAUGUGCCAGUUGAGGUCACCCAGGAAACUUCCCGGUUCAUUGUAGAGUUGAUUCCAAAGCUGCUGCCGGAUGUCCGAAAGGAGAAAGCCAUUUGGCACCUGCAACAUGCGAAUGAGCUGACAAAGAGCAUAGCCCUUGGCAAGGAAAUUCCCUACCAAGUAAUGAGAAAAUCCAAUGUCUUGAAGCGCACAAGCUUUGAUCUUCCAGGAGGAAGGACGCUUAACCCAAGCCAAUACCAGGCCAUUUCUGAGGCUUUGAGAAAUCCAUUCACUCUCAUCCAAGGCCCACCAGGGACAGGGAAAACUGUGGUUGGUUCUCAUAUUGUCUACUGGUUUCACCAGCUGAAUCAGGAGGGGAAAGGAAAGGAACCUACCCUGGGAGAUAAGGACGAAGCAAGCAGCCACAUCUUGUACUGUGGGCCCUCAAACAAGUCCGUCGACGUUGUUGCUGAGAUGCUGUUAAAGAUGAGGCCUUCUCUGAGGCCCCUCAGGGUGUAUGGAGAAACUAUAGAGCACAUGGAAUUCCCCUAUCCUGGCAGCAGCUUGCACAUCUCCCGAAAAGCUCAGCGGGACUCAAAAUCCAAGCCGGAGAUUAGGGAUAUAACUCUGCAUUACCGGAUACGGCAUCCACCAAAUCCUUCAGCGCAGCAGAUCUGUGAGUUUGAUGCACGAGUGAGAAGAGGGGAGGAGAUAGCAGAGGAUGAAGUUACACAGUACAAGCAGCUGCUGAGCACUGCCCGGAAGUAUGAGCUCAAACGCCACGACGUCAUCCUGUGCACAUGCUCUGCCUCCUGUGCCGCCUUCCUGGUCGACGGUCUGAAUGUCAAACAGGUGCUCAUUGACGAGUGUGGCAUGGCCACCGAGCCAGAGACCCUCAUUCCCUUGGUGAACCACAGAAGACUGGAGAAGGUGGUCUUUCUGGGGGAUCAUAAACAGCUGAGGCCUGUAGUCCACAAUGAUUUCUGCAAGACCCUGGGCAUGGAAACGUCCCUUUUUGAGCGCUACAAGCACCAGGCCUUGCUGUUGGACACCCAGUAUCGCAUGCACAAGGACAUCUGCCAGUUCCCAUCGGAGGCUUUUUACCAUGGGAAACUGAAGACUGGCCACAACCCUCACAACCGUAGCAGCACCCUCUACCACAACAACCGAGACUGCUGUCCCAUAAUCUUUGGCCACAUAGAAGGACGGGAGAAGAGCCUCAUGGUCUCGACCGAAGAUGGGAACGAGAACUCCAGAGCCAACCUGGAAGAAGCAGAGCAGGCGGUGAGGAUAUCAAAGCAGCUGACCUUGGACAGGACUACCAAGCCAGAGCAAAUUGCCAUCCUGACUCCUUACAAUGCCCAGGUGGUGGAGAUCAAGAAGCUCCUUUCCCAGGAAGGGCUGCGAGAUGUCACCGUGUGCACCAUCAUGAAAAGCCAAGGCAACGAAUGGAAGUACGUGAUUGUGUCCACUGUCCGUUCAUGUUCCCGGUCAGCGAUUGACAAAAAGCCCACCAGGAGCUGGCAGAAGAAGAACUUGGGGUUUGUGAUUGACCCAAACCAGAUCAAUGUCUGCAUCACUCGGGCACAGGAGGGACUCUGUAUUAUAGGAAACCGAUACCUCCUAGAAAGCAACCCCUUGUGGCGAAGACUUGUGGAACAUUACCGGAAUCAGGGAUGCUACACCACUGCGGAGGCAAUUCAGAUCAGGAGGAGACCAGCUGUACGUAGAUGACGUGCCUGCCCCGUUUCUGGGCAUGCCAUCUCUUGUGUGGAACAAUUGCCAAAGUUGUGCCAGAAUUGGUGACCCAUAUUAACUAGAUGCCACCAGGAAAUCCACAAGGUGCUUAUCUUCUUUCUAGGCAUCAAGCUGUGAGUACUAUAGCAGAGGACUUCCAACCAUAAUUUGAGGAUCGUACUAGGUCUGUGGCAUGGGUUGUGCCACACCUGCCUAUGGACUCCAGCCUGACACUGUUUCUGGUCCUGCCUGUUCCCUAGCUCAGUAGACUCAAGGCAGAACCACCCUGAGGCACAAGGGGCUCCAUCUGGACUGUAGUGCUCACUAGAGUCAUCCUAUAUUUGGAUUUGACUUGUGGUCCACUUGCCAGGAAGGUUGGCCACCAUUUUACUGGAUAACCUCUCUGAUCUCGACUUGGAAUUCCUCCUAUUUCAUUUCUGAAGGCAUUAUCUCUGGAAGAUGCAUGCUUUUGGAGCGGGGGCCAAAAGGCUGGGAUAGAACCCCCAACCUUCCAUUUUGGACAUUCACCUUACCUUUGCUUUGGGGAACACACAGAUGUUGUAUGGAUCAUCUAUAAAGGACUAUCUAGAAGGAAUACCUGCUAUGCCAGAGUAAGAACAUAAACACUUCUGUGUGGCCUUGAUUGGGCUUGGUCAUGGCAGAGUUUGUUUUUAUGAAAGACUGUGUUACCUUUCAAGAGGGGCCAUCAUGGCCAUCAAAUAUAAAUUGCCCAGGAAUUUUCUCUCUAUCCCAAGAAAAUGUUCCCACUUUGUACAAAAAAUGUUUUCAAGUUCUCUUUUUGAAUUUUACUUGAAGGUGUUUUCUCUCGCAAAGGAUAUGUUGUGUGUGCGCGCGCACGCAUGCAAUUGCUUCUGAUGAAAGGAUCUCGGAUCUUUUGAAGCUUUACCUCCCCAGUUUUCCACUUUGUGUUCUAUCAGCAGUCAUGGAUGUGCAACUGUUAAGACAUUUUGGCUGCUUCUCUGCAAGGCUGCCUUUUCUCUCCCUGUGAACCCUGUUGGAGCCUUGACGACAGCCUCCACCCCAGCCCCUCCCACACACCCAUCCAGCAGAAUGUUCUGUAUGAGCCUGUGUAUCGCAAAACUAAGCUAGCCAUAUGUGUUUACACAUGCGUUACAACUUUGCUGGAUGUGCUCUGUAGUCUUACAUGCUUUUGUGCAUCCAGCGUGACAGAAUUGUGUGCGUUGUGCAGAUUCCAUGUGGGUUGUGUGUGCUGAAUCUGGAAGGAGAGGACGGAAGGCUUCUGAUUGAUCAUUCCAGCUCUGAAUAUACCAAGUGCCUAAAGACUCUUAAUGAAAUUCAACAUGUGGAAUUUCCAGAGACCUGGGAUUGCUGAGCAAACUGGAUUGGAAUUAUCUGCCACGGCAUAGCAUUUGCACUGCAUUGAUGGUCCACAGUCCUUUCUGGCAUGUCCACACAAAAACUGUGCAAAACCUACAGGGAUCAAUUUAGCCCCAUGUUUGCACUAAGAUGAUGCCACUGGGCUUCUUCCUCAACCCGAAGCGCCGUGGGAAUAUGCAAUAAGAAGUCCUGUGCCCCCCAAACGUAUGCUCUGUGUCUUAAUCUGCCUCCUUUUUGGUGUCUUAGAUUUUAAUGUAUCUGAAUUAUAGCAAUAUGCGGAGCUGCUUUUUAAUGGUGUAGUGGGGUUAGAAUUCAAGCAGCAAACCGAACGUGGUGGCAGUGGUUUUCUUUCCUUUGCUCCAGCAAUGGAAACGUAUUGUCAGGGAUCUUAAUAGCAAUGGAAGGGGGACGAGGCAGCUCACUCGCUUCCAUUGUUCUACCUCAGUAUUUUAAAAUGUGAAAGUGGUGUGUACUUGUUCAAGACUUGCUGCCUUUUAAAGAUUGUUAUUAUAAGUGCAAGGGGACCUCCCCGCCCCUGUAAACUCCCAAAGCCUACUUGGAUCUCUCUACUCUGGAACGGGGGACAGGUUUUUAGACAGGAGAGCCAAUCUUCUAGUAAUACUUUUGAUAUGUAUCCUAGUGGCUGCAUAAAGAAAUAGUUGAGCCAGCACAGAGGCACAAGAAUACCUGUGUAUUGCUUGCUCCGCCUUAUGCAUAAGCUGAUUUCUUAGAUCACAAGAACUCAUUUGAAAAACUCUGAGAGCUACUCAUCCCUUUUUGCUAGCUUUCCCGAUUACUAUAUUAGUAAUCGGUGGCCCAAAUGAAAAAUGGAUUGCUUUUUUGUUUUAAACUUCCUUGUCCAGUCACCUAGAGGUGAUCUUUACUCAACGUGGGCAACCAGGCAAAUGGCUGUCUUUGACCACUCUCUCAACCUGUCAUAUCUUCUCUCUUUCCAUAAGGUAAAUGACUGUUCCCUGUGGCAUUUGCACAGGGUCCUCAUUCUUAGUGUGGAAAAGUGUGCCCCUGAAAACUUUUAUAGCUCAGCGAGGUUGAGUAUGGUUGCUGCUGCUGCUUCUUCAAAUAAGAAAUGGCAAAAUCCACUGGGAACAUUUCCUGCAUAUGCCUCAGUGGCUGACGUGAUGCACAAGGAUAACAGUGACGGGAAGCUAUUGUGGCACUGCUGCUGUGGACAUGGGGCAGUGGUGCCAGUGGAGACGCUGCCAGUUGAACUACCAGCACUACUGUCAUUUCCAAUAUUGUGGUAAAUGCACCAGCUGCCUCUGUUUCCCGACAGCAAUUUUCUCUCCCGCCCCGUCUGAGCGCUGAGCUGCCUGCAUGGAAGAGGGAGGAGCCACCCAAGUUGCUGCCGGGAAGCAGAAGCACCUUUGCCUCAUUUGGUGCCCACCUGGCUUGUUAGGAUGGCUGGUCUUUUCCAAGAGGCUUGUGCAGGAGAAGGUUCCUUGAGAAGGGUGGCUCCAUUUUGUUGUUGUUGCAGAGUAAGUGAAUUGCAUUGGGUGAAGAAACCCUGCCCAUGACAUAGACUCAGCGAGCAGGGAUUGUAGCGAAACUUUCUUUUUAUCAACAGAAUUUCUAUUAAGAGAACACAUUUCCACUUCCUAGAUAGAAUAUGCUUGCCUCUCCAAAGACUUGUUAAAUACAUUUCAUUUAAGCCUUUAGACAUUUGAGCCUGGAGCAUAGGUCCCUGAUUUAUAGAGACAUUUUCUACUUAAAACCAAGCAGUAUAAAGGCAGAUACAAUUUUUAAACUAUUUUAGCGCAAUAAUGUUGCUCAUGCAGAUGCAGAGUACAAGUCAGCAGGACAUUCUCCUGCACAGGCCAUAUUGAAAAGAAUGGGAUGUUGGUUUUGCAUAGGUCCUACUCAUUUCAGAAAUGGUCUUGCUGGAUUGUACCUGAAAUGUUGACUUUCCAUGAAAUGGACUAAAAUUUCUCUGAAACGUGUAUAUUUAGGGAUUUUAAUUGUCUUUUUAUUGGAUUCUAUUUUUGAUUGUUUUAAAAACAAUUUGUAUGUAAGCUAUCCUUUUUGUGGGUGAAAAUGUGGGCUAGAUGUUUAAAAGAAAGUAUUUUAUAUCCCUAAAUUAUGACUUCUACUAGCCUGAACUAUUUUUAAGAUUAUAAACUGAUAAAAUAUUUGUGAUGUUUCUAUGAAUCUUGACAUUCCUCUUUAAUUAAGUAUUGUGCAGCUGAAUAUACCAUACAAAAUUAAAAAAAAAAUGUUUCUGA